AUGUCCGGUGCUGUGGGCCGAGAGCCAGUCUUCCCGACUCGCCAAUCACUGGGGUUGAUGAAGAGCAAGCUGAAGGGAGCUGAGAUUGGACACAGCUUGUUGAAGCGAAAGAGUGAAGCAUUGACAAAACGUUUCCGAGAAAUCACACGUCGCAUCGAUGAGGCUAAGCAAAAGAUGGGUCGGGUCAUGCAAAUUGCAGCCUUCUCCCUGGCCGAAGUAAGCUAUGCAGUUGGUGGCGAUAUCGGGUACCAGGUUCAGGAGUCCGCCAAACAAGCUCGAUUCCGAGUGCGCGCAAAGCAGGAGAACGUCUCCGGUGUCCUCCUUCCCCAUUUCGAGAGUUAUACACAGGAUGGUAUCAAUGACUUUGCUUUGACGGGCCUUGGUAAGGGUGGACAGCAGAUCCAGCGCUGCCGGGAGACAUAUGCACGCGCCGUCGAGACGUUGGUGGAGCUAGCUAGUCUACAGACUGCUUUCUUGAUCUUGGAUGAGGUUAUUAAAGUUGUCAACCGAAGAGUGAACGCCAUUGAACAUGUCAUUAUUCCUCGAACCGAGAACACCAUCAAAUGUUUGUACUACCUCCUCUACGAUCAAAAUCACAGCACUAAUUCAAACCCUAUAGACAUCAACUCUGAGCUCGACGAACUGGAUCGCGAGGAAUUCUACCGUCUAAAGAAGGUUUCGGGCAAGAAGCAGCGCGACGUUGCGGCUGCAGACGCCGAAAUGCUGGCUGCCCGGCAAAAGGAAGCCGAGAAGCAAGCACAAGAGGGCACACCAGCCCAGGAGGCGAAGGAGGAGGAUGUCGAAACCACGGAUGUUCUGGGCGAACAAGAAGACAACGAUGUUAUUUUCUAG